AUGCAGGAGGCGGCUGCAAGCUCUCCUCCCUUCCGCUCUAUUGCAUCCAUCCAUUCUUUUAAACAUCCAUCCACCCAUUCAUUUCCCAGGGCGUCACAAGGGGUGAUUAAGACAAGUCUGACAGGCACAUACAUGUAGGCUAUGCUUGUGUAUGCGCGACUCCUCAGUUUGUGUAGCCUACGUGUGAGUCUGGUCUGUGUGUGGAUCCGCUGACAUGAGGAGCUAAAACAGAGCCGUGAUAAGGAUGAAAAUGCUCCGGUUUCGUAGCCCCAGCAUUCGCUCCUUAGAUCAGGAGAUCAUCUGCACGAUCCGGUUACUGGAUGACUCCGAGAUCUCCUGCAGCAUCCAGAGAGACACCAAAGGGCAGUUCCUGCUGGAUCAUGUGUGUAACCACUACAACCUGCUCGAGAAAGACUACUUUGGAAUUCGAUAUGUGGACCCAGAGAAACAGAGGCACUGGCUGGAGCCCAAUAAGCCUGUGGUGAGGCAGAUGAAGUCAGCUCAGCAGCCGUACACAAUGUGCUUCCGUGUCAAGUUUUAUCCCCACAAGCCAAUGAAAAUCAAGGAAGAGCUCACCAGGUAUCUCCUGUAUCUCCAGUUGAAGAGAGAUAUCUACCAUGGUCGUCUCCUCUGUCCUUUUGCUGAUGCUGCAUAUCUGGGAGCCUGCAUUGUUCAGGCUGAGCUCGGGGACUACGACCCAGAGGAGCACCCAUCAGACUACAUCAGAGACUUCAAGCUGUUCCCUAAACAAUCCCUCAAACUGGAGAGGAAGAUUAUGGAAAUACACAAGAAUGAGCUCAGGGGCCAGUGUGCUGCCCUUGCAGAGCUGAACAUGCUCCAAAGGGCUCACAGCCUGGAAACAUAUGGAGUUGACCCGCAUCCGUGCAAGGACUUUACGGGCUCCACAGCCUUUCUCGGGUUCACAGCCACAGGUUUUGUGGUCUUCCAGGGAAACAAGAGGAUCCACCUCCUCAAAUGGGUGGACGUCAGCAAGUUGAAGUUUGAAGGGAAAACCUUUUACGUCAUUGGGAUUCAGAAAGAGAUCUCCUUAACAGGCAGGAUUCACUGUAACAGGAUGAAAAAACUGGUGUUGACAUUUCACACCUCAACCCCGGCAGCGUGUAAGCACUUAUGGAAGUGCGGGGUGGAGAACCAGGCUUUUUACAAGUGUGCAAAGUCGAGUCAGAUCAAAACAGUUUCCAGCAGUAACAUCUUCUUUAAAGGCAGCAGGUUCAGAUACAGUGGACGAGUAGCAAAGGAGGUGAUAGAAGCCAGCUCAAAGAUUCUGAGAGAGCCACCAGAGGUGCAUAGAGCCCAGUUUGGUCACAGUCGAAGUUUUAACUCUUUGAGCCAUAAAAACCUCAUCAUGAACAUGGAACCUCUGGUACCUGCACUGCCCUCCACCAACGAAUACGAAGAGACAGCCCCGGACAACAGUGGUGUUGCUCUGAAAGACUCAGUCUCCUUGACUCCUCUCAAAUCAUCAGCUGCACUUGCAGACACAGAGCAACAAAGUACUGACGGAGGGAACUCUGCUUUGAGCAAUGACCUACAGCUUCCUCAUGUUUCCAUGGAAACCUCAAAUCUCCGACCUCAGAUACCUAAAGCUGAAGAUGAAAUGGAGGAACAGGACGAGGCCGGCGGCACACUCAUCAUCUCUGAGCUCGCCUACAGCCCCUGUGCCAGUAUGCUGCCCACCCCAGUGGACAACUGUCAGGGGGGCGUUGACUUGAUCUUCUCCUCGCCCGUCCAGAGCCCCGCCAGGCUACUGAGGGAGCUCCACGCUGACCCUGACAUCCAGGCCCAGCUAAAGGCAGAGAGGGAGCGAGACCGGGCCUACGAAUGCACCCGAAUGGCUGCCAGAAGUCAAAUGGGUGGAGCUAUGACUAGCGGCUUGCGCCUGCUGUCAUCCAAUGAGAGAGUCAAUGCAUGUGUGCUGAGCGUGGCCCGCUUUGUUGCUGUGGUAAUGGGCAUCCUGCUUGUCAUUGUGCCCACACUGCUGCUACUGCUGGAGUCAGACAUUGACGUGUCGUUCCUUCAUGAGAUCCGCCAGACGCCGGAAUUUGAGCAGUUUCACUAUGAGUAUUACUGUCCACUUCGGCGCUGGAUCAUGUGUAAGAUCAGCAUGGCCUUGGAGAAUCUCUGGUCAGACUGAGGAGGUAUAGAAAGAAAAGUCACUGCAGGAGAAACAAACGAAUGUCUGUCUUAACAUGUAAUUUAAUCUUACAUUCAGUCUUAACAGAGGCAAAAAAGCAUGCUAAUGGGACUAAAUAAUUUCCAUCCAAAUUAUUUUAUGCACAUCCAAAUUAUUUUAUGAGCAAAAUCAUAGUAGGAUGUUUUAUUGAAAAGGGGUCACAGCUCCCGGUAUGUGGACACCUUUUUGUACAGUGUUAUUUCUGAUUGGAUUAUACUAAAAUAAGUACAUUUGUUUCACCUUUUCAGAAGCAUCAUUUACUGUCUUGAAGAAAAGUGAGAUAUGAGAGAAAUAAAAUUUUAAUUACAGGGUCCAAUAACUUGUUAAGAUAGACAUUUUUGGCACUGAAGAACUACUGUAAGUGUUCAAGAAAAAAAAAUCAUGGAUGGGAGGGGUUAGUGAAAGUAAAAGAUGAGGGUCAUAAACAGAAAAAUGUCACAAAAACAAAAGAGGUUGGUUUCAUUUUAGUGGAAGUUUUGAUGGUUUGUUCACUCCUGACGCUGACAAGUUGAUGCAGAGACUGGUAAAUAUCGCAAACCAUUCUGAUUGGUUCUCGUCCUCGGAGCGGAGCGCGUGAUUGGUCAAAGAGCCUGUCAGUCAUGAUGGAGUCGAGAGAAAACGUUCGGCGCUUUGUCACUGAGUGCAACAAUAUCCACAGCCAGAGGUACGUUAUAUACAGUAUAUUUAAAAACAAAAAAUGAAAAUGGCUAAUUAAUACAGAUCUUCAAUAGAUUGUUUUUAAAGUUUUGUACAUUUUUAUGUGAUCCAGAUGUUUCAGGAAUUUUUCAGUCAGAGGUUCUACUUUGAGCUUAUUUUGAAAUGAAGAGUUUACAAAUGAUUACCAAAAAAAAAAGCUAAUUUCUUGAAGUUUAUCUGGGUGAUGGGUGUGGAAAUUUUUAAGCUAUUUUUUAAGACUACCAUAAACAUUUGUUGACUUGGUAGCACCCUGGGUUUUUCCUACAAAGGCUAUAGCACAAAUCUUUUACAAAGACCACAGAUUACAAUUAUUUCAGAUUAUUUGAUGUCAUUUUGGAAACAGGAGGGAAGCAUGCCAGAAACUUUAAUCUGUUUGUGAUGAUAAAACGUGUGUUUUGUUGAACCUUUAAAUGUCGUCUGAACUAAGCAGUAGCUCAUUGAUUAAGGCUACUAGUGCGUCUUUCAUCUCGGUUUUAACAUAAAAUGUAUAAAGAAGUGCUAAUGGAAGAAAAAAAUACUGUGUAGUACAGUUAACUGUGAUUUUGGAAUUGGAUGGUUGCGGGAGUGAUGUAUUUAAUGCUCUAAAUCUCUCAUACAGGUCAUUCGCUGGUCAUUUUCUGCUGUAGACGAUAUUAAGAUAUUGAUCACACUGAACACACACAGCAGGUAUUUAACUUACAGAAGCAGAUCAUCAGUUUAGUCCCUUAAUCAAAUUAGAAAUGAUUGUUCACUUAAACAGAGAACAUGGACUUAUUGUCAGCGAAUAAGCAGAGUUGUCAGGAGUUAUAAAUGGGUACGUUUAUGUAUGUUUAUGUCUAAAGGUGAAGUUAGGAAUGUGAUUCUGGUUUGACUAAAUUGAGAAUAAGGCUGUUUCAUGGUUGGGGUCCCCAAAUAGUCUGGAGCCAUGGAGUCAAAAAUGAAUAGUAUCAAGGUUAAAACUGAGAAGGGUGCAAAAA